AUAGUAUUAUUGUAAUUUUGUAAGUUUCUUUUUCUGGCUCCUGUGGGAUCUGUGUUGCUGUCUUGUUCAGGAUCAUAUCAGAGGUUUGAAGAAGGCAUUCUAAAAUCCGAGGAUGCAUCUUUUGAUGGCAGAGAGGGUUUCUUUUUUUUUUUUUUUUUUUUGCUUGGAGUUAUACUCAUGUUUGUAAGAAAAAAAAAUCCUGUACUUAAGACUUCUGUAGAUGUACAAUCGCUCUUCAGUGCAGGGCAUAGUAUUAGUGCAGAAAAUUCUCGAAAUACAAGCAUCUGGCUAACAUGUUACAGAAUCCCUGAGCUUUGGGGUACAUCAGACUUUGACUUUUUGGUACAUAACCGAAUUUGCAUUUUGACUGGCGUUGCUUGGCUGCUCAUGAAAAAGUUUUUUCUUUAGAGCCUUUGAAGGCUUUGGAAAUUAGUUUUUAGGUAAUUUUGCAAGCAUGAUUUAAGCCUGUUGUGCUCUGGACUUGGGCGAGUCUUUAUGGAAGUGGAAUGGUUUUAGGUUAAAGACACCCACCCCAUCAUUGGCACAUUUGAUUUUUUAAGAGGUGUGAAGUGAUCGACGGGGCCCUAUUUUCUUUUAGCUUUGAAGAGUCCAUCUUUUUUCCUAUUCAGUCUUCUGGAAGGAGCUACCUCAGAAAUACUCCUCUUCUGCUUACAUGAAGAUCUCUAAACGCAAUCCAGCAGGAGGUGCUACAGCAAGAUAAAGAUUUUUUUUUUUUUAAAUUUUGAGGGUCUUGCUACUUACUGCAGCUAUCCUUAGCCUCACAUGAACAACAGGAUUUAACACCUUAAAAGUUCCAGGAAGAUUUCGAGGAGAUAGAGAGCUGAAGGAUAGCCACUUUCCCCAAAAUUGGACUUCUCAGAACCUUUAAUAUGCCAUUGUGCAUUGUGAAUCUCCAAGCCGGGGCUAUGAUAUGCAGCAUUCUUGAAUACUUCUAAUGACAGGGAGCCCACUACCUCAUAAGGGGCAUCCUGGGGUACACUAUGUCACGACUUACUGUUAAAGUAACGGUUGGUGACUGCAGUGAGAAGAGGCGUUUGUUACUUUAAACAGAGGCUGAAGAACCUAUAAAAUAAGCAGGCCUAAGAGAAAGUGGAGAAGGUAGAGGAUGGAGUUGCAGACUCUACAGGAGGCUCUGAAAGUGGAAAUUCAGGUUCACCAGAAACUGGUUGCUCAGAUGAAGCAGGAUCCACAGAAUGCUGACUUAAAGAAACAGCUUCAUGAACUCCAAGCCAAAAUCACAGCUUUGAGUGAGAAGCAGAAAAGAGUAGUUGAACAGCUGCGGAAGAACUUGAUAGUGAAACAAGAACAACCAGACAAGUUCCAAAUCCAGCCAUUGCCACAACCUGAAAACAAACUACAAACAGCACAGCAACAACCACUCCAGCAGCUCCAGCAGCAGCAGUACCACCACCACCACGCCCAGCAGUCGGCCGCACCCUCCCCCGCCUUGACUGCUUCUCAGAAGACUGUAACCACAGCUUCUAUGAUUACCACAAAGACACUACCUCUCGUCUUGAAAGCAGCCACUGCGACCAUGCCAGCCUCUGUCGUGGGCCAGAGACCUACCAUUGCUAUGGUGACCGCCAUCAAUAGUCAGAAGGCUGUACUUGGCACCGAUGUCCAGAACACGCCGGUCAACCUGCAGACGUCCAGUAAGGUCACUGGGCCCGGCACGGAGGCUGUCCAAAUUGUGGCAAAAAACACGGUCACUCUGCAGGUUCAGGCAACACCUCCUCAACCCAUCAAAGUCCCACAGUUUAUACCCCCUCCUAGACUCACUCCACGUCCAAACUUUCUUCCACAGGUUCGACCCAAGCCUGUGGCCCAGAACAACAUUCCUAUUGCCCCAGCACCUCCUCCCAUGCUGGCUGCUCCUCAACUUAUCCAGAGGCCCGUCAUGCUGACCAAGUUCACCCCCACUACCCUCCCUGCAUCCCAGAAUUCCAUCCACCCUGUCCGUGUUGUCAAUGGACAAACCGCAACCAUAGCCAAAACGUUCCCCAUGGCCCAGCUCACCAGCAUUGUGAUAGCUACUCCAGGGACCAGACUCGCUGGACCGCAAACUGUACAGCUAAGCAAGCCAAGCCUUGAAAAACAGACAGUUAAAUCCCACACGGAAACAGAGGAAAAGCAGACCGAGAGCCGUACCAUUACCCCGCCCGCUGCACCAAAACCAAAACGGGAGGAGAACCCUCAGAAACUUGCCUUCAUGGUGUCUCUAGGGUUGGUAACACAUGACCAUCUAGAAGAAAUCCAAAGCAAGAGGCAAGAGCGAAAACGAAGAACCACAGCAAACCCGGUGUACAGCGGGGCCGUGUUUGAGCCAGAGCGUAAGAAGAGUGCCGUCACAUACCUGAACAGCACAAUGCAUCCUGGGACCCGGAAGAGAGGUCGUCCUCCAAAAUACAAUGCAGUGCUGGGGUUUGGAGCCCUUACCCCAACAUCCCCCCCAUCCAGUCAUCCUGACUCCCCCGAAAGUGAAAAGACAGAGACCACAUUCACUUUCCCUGCACCUGUCCAGCCUGUGUCCCUGCCCAGCCCCACCUCCACAGACGGUGAUAUCCACGAGGACUUUUGCAGCGUGUGCAGAAAAAGUGGCCAGUUACUGAUGUGUGACACGUGUUCCCGUGUGUAUCACCUGGACUGUUUAGAGCCUCCACUGAAAACCAUUCCCAAGGGCAUGUGGAUCUGCCCCCGAUGUCAGGACCAGAUGCUGAAGAAGGAAGAAGCAAUCCCGUGGCCUGGAACCUUAGCUAUUGUGCAUUCCUAUAUCGCCUACAAAGCAGCAAAAGAAGAAGAGAAGCAGAAGCUACUCAAAUGGAGCUCAGAUUUGAAGCAAGAGCGAGAACAGCUGGAGCAGAAGGUGAAACAGCUCAGCAGCUCCAUAAGUAAAUGCGUGGAGAUGAAGAACACGAUCCUCGCGCGGCAGAAGGAGAUGCACAGCUCCUUGGAGAAGGUCAAACAGCUGAUCCGCCUCAUCCACGGCAUCGACCUCUCCAAACCUGUGGACUCGGAGGCCGCCGUGGGGGCCAUCUCCAACGGCCCGGACUGCACCCCCCCUGCCAGCACCACCCCCUCUACGCCGGCCCCCUCCCCAUCCUCUCAGAGCUGCACAGCGAACUGUAACCAGGGGGAAGAGCCGAAAUAACAGCCCCUCCAGGAGGAGCUGCGGGGCCCCGGCGGCGAGGAGAGCAAAACCCUGAAGACUCUAGCGAAGCCAAGCCGGAUUCCUUCUGGAAAGUGCAGAAUUCUUUUGGUUCUUUGGUUCCAGAGAGAGAGAAGAUGCGUGUGCCAGGUGGCACCGGAGUUUGCCAAUUGACCUUCUCGUCCUGUGUGUACAUGCGAAGACUGGACCGUGUUCCAUGAGAUAGUGCCAGCUGGAGGUGCUGUGCCAGCACCAUGCCAAGUGAAAUAAUAUAUUUACUCUCUCUAUUAUACACCAGUGUGUGCCUGCAGCAGCCUCCACAGCCA